AUGUCUCAAUAUGUUUGUGGCAUUGAUUUAGAGUACUAUAUUGAUGAAGAGCAUAUUAAUGAUUCAAGUCAGUUCAUUGGUAAAAUAGAAAACGCUCGAAGAACAAAUGAAGUUAACGAUAAUUCUAAAGUGAAAUCGUUAAAUAUUUCAAAUAAUAUUACCAACAUAAAUAGUGUACGAUUUAAUGAAGAUGAAAUUGAAAAUGAUGAUAUAAUAUUAGCAUAUAAUGUUGCAGUGCGAAGGGGUUUCUUACAAAAUUAUUCAACAACUGUUAUAAACGAUAUCAGUACUUUUAAUUAUACUAAAAGGCUUGUAACAAAUUCAGCGAACCUUAAAUGGACAACUACCAGAAAUUUACUCGAUUUGAAAACAUUUAACCAAUACGACUAUAAGGAAGAUGAGAAUGAAGAUUUGUACCAACCUCUACGUUACAAAACCUUUUCUGAUACUUCUGAUACAAAAACUGCUACCGUCGCUUAUAACGUAACAUCUAAUUCAAAUUUCUUUAAUUUAGAACCAGCUUUUGAUUUUGACAAUGAAUCGGAAAAUUUACUAACUAAUAAAGUAGAGGAAAACAUAUGGUACGUACCUUAUGAGUUCCCUUGUUGGGAGCUACCAACUUUAUACGGAGAGUUAGGGGUCAAGAAAAAAAAGUCUGACGUAUUUCUAAUAUAUGGGGGUAAGUUAAUGAACGUUAUCGGUCCUUCGAGCAAAACAAAAUCUAAUUACAAAGCAGACGAACCUUUCAUACCGAACACUGUCAACAAAUGGUGUGAAGUAGAACCAUGCUAUGGUGACCAUACGCUUUGUUUAUUCCCUAAUAAACAUAUAUCAAAUAUAUGUGAUAAAGAGUAUAAAGUAAUUGUACCAUCUACAACAGAACAAUUUACUAUAACUAAUACUUUAAAUUCAAUGCGUAACAGAGUAGCUAAUGGACUUGCCAGUAAGUAUUCACAUCUCCCUACCGCCGCAAAUAUGCUACAAGUUACGUACGAUUAUGAUCUCGAGAAAAUAUCUAAGGCGUGGCUUCGUCAGUGCAUACCUGGUGUACCGCCUUGCUCUGCUCUCGACGGAAAUAUAGUUACUCAACUCGAAUGUACGAAAUAUAUGAAGUAUUGUUGUUUGCAGAAUUCUAAAACAUUUUCACAGUGUGUACCUAAAACCGAAUGUUUUAUUUAUCCUAUUAUUGGUUGUCUACAUAUUUGGUUUUCUAGCGCUGGAAAACAUUUGACCACUACGGAUAUUAAUUGUGGUCGUGCUACAGUAAAAACAUUUAAUACAGUUCAACUACUUUGGGCAAAAACAACUAAAAUCGGGUGCGCGUAUGGUGAAAGAACGAAUGGUGAUAUUAGAGUAAUCUGUAAUUUUUCUCCAGGCGCCCCAUUUUUUUUAGAUACAAAGCUAUUUUGUGGCCUAAUUGCACACAGCGACAUAGAUUUUCUACGUGAUAAUGAAAAUAUAACAAAUCCCGCAAUUUUAUCUCAUUUGGGUAUACAUUUGAACCCCCUUAAGAAGCCUCGUCAUAAUGUUUCUGACGAGAAUGCGCUAAGCGUACCAUUCGAUACAGAGAAUUUAAAAUCUACGUGGGGCAUAAAGAGUUUGACUAAAGUGUACCAAGAAGGUUGGGUGAGAAAACAAAUCGGUGAUCGUAGCAACGGUACCAAAGGAAUGGUUGCUAGAUUAGUUGCUAAAUACAAAUUUAUUGAUGAAAGCGAAUCUAGAUGCGACACUGGAGAAUCCGUAUACCAAGUAGGAGCUCCAGGAUCUUCUUGUGUAGAGAAAAGUAGGACGUUCCAUGUUCUAUGCUACGACUUCCGAGACCCUACUCCUGGUUACAGACUUAUUGCUAUCAUUGCUCCAAUUAUACUUUUUUCAUUAAUACUCUAUGACUUAUUUAGUGGAGUCGUAAGACAGACAAGUACAUAUUGA